AUGGAGGUGCUUAUGGCAGAACGGGCGGAUCUGGCCUUUCACAAUAAAGCGAUAGAUGGAACUGCCAUGAAACGACUUAUUAGCAGAUUAAUAGAUCACUUCGGAAUGGCAUAUACAUCGCACAUCCUGGAUCAAGUAAAGACUCUGGGUUUUCAGCAAGCCACUACUACAUCCAUUUCAUUAGGAAUUGAUGAUCUUUUAACAAUAUCUUCUAAGGGAUGGCUAGUCCAAGAUGCUGAACAACAAAGUCUGAUUUUGGAAAAACACCAUCAUUAUGGGAAUGUACACACGGUAGAAAAAUUACGUCAAUCCAUUGAGAUAUGGUAUGCUACAAGUGAAUAUUUGCGACAAGAAAUGAAUCCUAAUUUUAGGAUGACGGACCCUUCUAAUUCAGUCCAUAUAAUGUCUUUUUCGGGAGCUAGAGGAAAUGCAUCUCAGGUACACCAAUUAGUAGGGAUGAGAGGAUUAAUGUCGGAUCCCCAAGGACAAAUGAUUGAUUUACCCAUUCAAAGCAAUUUAUGCGAAGGACUCUCUUUAACAGAAUAUAUAAUUUCCUGCUACGGAGCCCGCAAGGGGGUUGUGGAUACUGCUGUCCGAACAUCAGAUGCUGGAUACCUCACGCGCAGGCUUGUUGAAGUAGUUCAACACAUUGUUGUCCGUAGAACAGAUUGUGGCACCAUCCGAGGUAUUUCUGUGAGUCCUCUAAAUAGGAUGAUGGCAGAAAGAAUUUUUACCCAAACAUUAAUCGGUCGUGUAUUGGCAGACGAUAUAUAUAUGGGUCCACGAUGCAUUGCCACCCGAAAUCAAGAUAUCGGGAUUGGACUUGUCAAUCGAUUCAUAACCUUUCGAGCACAAUCAAUAUAUAUUCGAACCCCCUUUACGUGCAGGAGUACAUCUUGGAUCUGUCGAUUAUGUUAUGGUCGGAGUUCCACUCACGGCGACCUGGUUGAAUUGGGAGAAGCAGUAGGGAUUAUUGCGGGUCAAUCUAUUGGGGAACCCGGGACUCAACUAACAUUAAGAACUUUUCAUACCGGCGGAGUAUUUACAGGCGGUACUGCAGAACAUGUACGAGCUCCCACUAAUGGAAAAAUAAAAUUCAAUGAGGCUUUGGUUCAUCCCACACGUACACGUCAUGGACAUCCCGCCUUUCUAUGUUAUAUAGACCUGUCUGUAACUAUUGAGGGUCAGGAUAUUAUACAUAAUGUGAAUAUUCCGCCAAAAAGUUUUCUUUUAGUUCAAAAUGAUCAAUAUGUAGAAUCAGAACAAGUCAUUGCUGAGAUUUGCGCGGGUACAUCUACUUUGAAUUUUAAAGAGAAGGUUCGAAAACAUAUUUAUUCUGACUCAGAGGGAGAAAUGCACUGGAGUACUGACGUGUACCAUGCGCCUGAAUAUACAUAUGGUAGUGUUCAUCUCUUACCAAAAACAAGUCAUUUAUGGAUAUUAUCGGGAGAUCCGUGCAGAUCCAGUAUAGUCCCUUUUUCGCUCCACAAGGAUCAAGAUCAAAUAAACGUUCAUUCUCUUUCUGUCGAACGAAGAUAUAUUUAUAAGCUCUCAGUGACUAAUGAGCAAGUGAGACACAAAUUGUUUAGUUCGUACCCUUCCAGUAAAAGGGGGGGGAGGCUUCUUGAUUAUUCAGGACCUGAUCGAAUCCUAUGCAAUAGCAAUAGUCGUUGUAAUUUCGCGUAUCCUGCCAUUCUCCACGAAAAUUCUUAUUUAUUGUCAAAGAGGCGAAGAAAUAGAUUCAUCAUUCCAUUCCAAUCUAAUCAAGAACGGGAGAACGAACUAAUGUCCAGUUCGGGUAUCUCGAUUGAAAUACCCAUAAAUGGUAUUUUUCGUAGAAAUAGUAUUCUUGCGUAUUUCGAUGACCCCCGAUACAGAAGAAAGAGUUCGGGAAUUACUAAAUCUGGGACUAUAGAGGUGCAUUCAAUCGUCAAAAAAGAGGAUUUGAUUGAGUAUCGAAGAGCAAAAGAAUUUAGGCCACAAUGCAAAAUGCAAACGAGAGUAGAUCGAUUUUUUUUCAUUCCCGAAGAAGUGCAUAUCUUACCCGGAUCUUCUUUCAUAAUGGUACGGAACAAUAGUAUUAUUGGAGUAGAUACACGAAUCACUUUAAAUACAAGAAGCCGAGCAGGCGGAUUGGUCCGAGUGGAGAGAAAAAAAAAAAGGAUUGAACUGAAAAUAUUUUCCGGAGAUAUCCAUUUUCCUGGAGAAACAGAUAAGAUAUCUCGGCACAGUGGUAUCUUGAUACCCCCCCCAGGAGGGGGAAAAAAAGAUUCUAAGGAAUCAAAAAAAAAAUUGAAAAAUUGGAUCUAUGUCCAACGGAUUACACCUGCCAAGAAAAAGUCUUUUGUUUUGGUUCGACCCGUAGUCACAUAUGAAAGAGCAGACGGAAUAAAUUUAGCAACGCUUUUCCCACAGGAUCUGUUGCAGGAAAGGGAUAAUGUGCAACUUCGAGUUGUCAAUUAUAUCCUUUAUGGAAAUGGCAAACCAAUUCGAGGAAUUUCUCACACAAGUAUUCAAUUGGUUCGGACUUGUUUAGUAGUGAAUUGGGACCAAGGCAAAAAUGUCUCUUCUAUAGAAGAAGAGGUUCAUGCUUCCUUUGUUGAAGUAAGGGUAAAUGGUCUUUUUCAAGAUUUCAUAAGAAUGGACUUAGUGAAGUCCCCUAUUUCGUAUACCGGAAAAAGGAAUGACCCGGGGGGUUCAGGAUCGAUCCCCCAUAAUGGAUCAGAUUGCACCAAUAUAAAUCCUUUUUAUUCCAAGGCAAGGAUUCAAGAAUUACUUCGCCAACAUCAAGGAACUGUUCGUACAUUGUUUCAUAGAAAUCAAAAUAGGGAAUGCCAAUCUUUGAUAAUUUUGUCAUCAUCCAAUUGUUCUCAAAUGGGUCCCUUCAAUGGUUUGAAAUAUCACAAUGUGACAAAAGAAUCAAUUAAAAGGGAUCCCCUAAUUUCAAUUAGAAAUUCGUUGGGUCCUUUAGGGACUGUCUCUAAAAUUGCGAAUUUUUAUUUAUCUUAUUACUAUUUAAUAACUUAUAAUCAGAUUUUGGUAAAUAAAUAUUUGCUAUUUGACAAUUUAAAACAUACUUUCCAAGUAUUUAAAUAUUAUUUAAUGGAUGAAAAUGGAAAAAUUUAUAAUCCCGAUACAUGCAUUAACAUUAUUUUUAAUUCAUUCAAUUUGAAUUGGUAUUUUCUCCAUCACGAUUAUUGUGAAGAGACAUCCACAAUAAUUAGCCUGGGAGAGUUUAUUUGUGAAAAUGGAUGUAUAUCCAAAAAAGGACCGCAUCUAAAAUCUGGCCAAGUUCUAAUUGUUCAUGUUGAUUCUUUAGUAAUAAGAUCGGCUAAGUCCUAUUUGGCCACUCCAGGAGCAAGCGUUCAUGGCCAUUAUGGAGAAAUCCUUUACGAAGGAGAUACAUUAGUUACAUUUAUAUAUGAAAAAUCGAGAUCUGGUGAUAUAACGCAGGGUCUUCCAAAAGUGGAACAAGUGUUAGAAGUGCGUUCAAUUGAUUCAAUAUCGAUGAACCUAGAAAAGAGGGUUGAGGGUUGGAACAAACGUAUAACAAGAAUUCUUGGAAUUCCUUGGGAAUUCUUGAUUGGCGCCGAGCUAACUAUAGCGCAAAGUCGGAUCUCUUUAGUUAAUAAGAUUCAAAAGGUUUAUCGAUCCCAGGGGGUGCAGAUCCAUAAUAGGCAUAUAGAAAUUAUUGUACGUCAAAUAACAUCAAAAGUAUUGGUUUCAGAAGAUGGAAUGUCUAAUGUUUUUUCACCUGGAGAACUAAUUGGAUUAUUGCGGGCGGAGCGAACGGGGCGCGCUUUGGAAGAAGCGAUCUCUUACCGAGCCGUCUUAUUGGGAAUAACGCGAGCAUCUCUGAAUACUCAAAGUUUCAUAUCCGAGGCGAGUUUUCAAGAAACUGCUCGAGUUUUAGCAAAAGCCGCUCUACGGGGUCGUAUUGAUUGGUUGAAAGGCCUGAAAGAAAACGUUGUUCUGGGGGGAAUGAUACCUGUUGGCACUGGAUUCAAAAGAUUGGUGCGCCAUUCAAGGGAACAUAACAACAUUCCCUUGAAAAUAAAAAGAAAUCUAUUCGAGGGGGAAAUGAGAGAUCUUUUGUUCCAUCACAGAGAAUUAUUUGAUUUUUGUAGCCCAAAGAAUUUCCAUGAUAUAUCAGAACAAUCAUUUACGGGAUUUAAUGAUUCCUAA